CCGGUCACCUGACACUUCGGGUUGUUUGGGGCUUUGCGUCUUGCAGAGUUGGCGGGUAUUUGUAGACAGCAACGCUUCUGAAGAGCCGUAGCUAACAACAGAGCAUCUUGCCAUUUUGUCGAGAAAAUGUCUGACUGGACUAGAGGCAGGCAACGCGAUGCUUACAACAGCGAACACGAAAAAAGGAACAUUGGCCCUUCUCGGUGGUCCCACUGCAGGAAGAGAGGGAUUGAUGGAAGCCUGCGGACCAACAAUGAGGAUGGUGGUGAUCUGGAAAAUGGCGGGCAGACUGGCGACAGCUACAGACACCCGGACAGCAGACAUGCAAGUUUCACCACUCCAGAGAGCACAGGUCCGGUGUCUCGCUGUGGUAGGCAGACUGACUGGGGCAGCCAAGUGGAGGAUGAUGAGAUGAGGAGGGAUGUACACAGGGACAUGCAGCGUUACAGGAGAAGAAUACUGGGUGCAAAGGUCACCCAGAGAGAGAGAAAGACCUCAUCUGGCUCUUCUGGAAGCUGUGACUCCAGAGAGGGAGAAAACAUGGAGACUGAUGAAGCUGUGUUGCUACGACGACAAAAACAGAUCAACUAUGGCAAGAACACACUGGCCUAUGACCGAUACAUUAAGGAAGUUCCAAAACACAUGCGUCAGCCAGGUGUUCACCCGAAAACUCCCAACAAGUUCAGAAAGUACAGCCGUCGCUCCUGGGACCAGCAGAUCAAAUUGUGGAAGGUCAAACUGCAUGCCUGGGAUCCUCCAACAGAGGAUGGCAAAGACAAAGCCCUCAAUAACAUUGAGGAGCUGGAUCUCAGUGAUGUAAUGGACAUUGAACUGGACUUACCAACUUUGACAGAUUACCAAAAUGCCCCAGCCUCUCUCAGCACACACAGCCUUUCGGUGGAGGAAGAAGACUGUUUGGGUACCCCAGUUAAAGUACAGAAGACAGAAACCACACCAGAACCUGAUGUGGUAUAGCUUGUCAUUGGCUUUCUCCGAGAUAAAGCAAGAUGUUGUUAUACUUUUUGAGUGGUUCAUCUGUUUCCUUGCUGACUGACAUGCUGUCAGUCAGACUAUUUUUCCCCAAAAUGCCUCUGCUCCAGUUAUUCAUUAGUUACCCUUAGUUUCCUUUUCCAGUGUAUAGUGUUUCUCAGUCCAUAGGUUGGUACCUACUGAUUACUUAUCUGCUCAGGGAGUCAUCUUUUUAUGUCAAGAUUUUACAAUUGCAUUUUUAAUCAAGCUUCAUUUAAAUGGUUUACAAUUUGAUGUUUAGAAAAACACUUUGUGCACUGAUAUGUGGCAUGCUGGAGGAGACAUCCAGGUUUGUUGAUGUCCAUUAGAUGCAAGUGUUAUAUUGCAUCCUGUGCUCUUGAGCUAAAUGAAAUCCAAAUACAUAUAAAUUGGCUGAACUCAAAUGGUCCUCUUAAUAUUUAAAAGUAUUUCCUUUUAAUGGCUCAUUGGCAAAGUUUGUGUGUACGAGUGUACCAUUUUGAAGUACAAGUAAGAGAAAUAAGAGUUUCAAUUUAUUACUUGCAGUUCAGUUGUAUUUGGCUGUGAUUUGUUUUCAAUACAGUUACAAUAGUUUCUUAUUGCUGUUUCUUUCAUGGUGAAAACUUUCAAAUAAAAAAAAAAACCUUGAAUGUACCAUUAUCUGAGUGAUGGCUGCCCUGAGGCCUGUACUACAAAGCAAGUUCAAAAAAGCCAGGCUUUCUUUGUUGCUAUUCUCUCUCUUUCCCUCACCCCAACUGAGAGCUGUACUCAGACUGUAUGAAAAAGAUGGACGUAGCAACCGGCCCUGAAAAAUCAAGACAACCCUGAAGUGUCAAAAUCUUGCAGGACCACUACUUCUGACGGGCUGGCACCAAAAUGCUCCUUAGACCCCAAUUGUACACAGCAAAAACCUAAUCUGGAAAGACGGCUUUUCUACAGCUCAGGAUUUAUUUAUUUGUCGUUAAUUUUCAUGGUCAAACCCAGAGAUACAGUGUCCAAUCUGAAAAGAAUUCAAUAUUGACUUGGUUUCUCUAUAUAAUUUUGUAAGGGAUUCAAUGUCGAGGGCCCUGGGAUAAUUUGAAUCUGCACUACAUAAAAAGAAUUGACUUGAAUAAGUAUACUCUACAGAACCUAAAACGACUUUGCCCUUAGUGUUUUUUUUAAUGCCUAUAGCUGGCAACCUACAUUACAUAACAUUUGCUCAUUCAUGAAUAGUUUAGACUUUGUUUUCUUGACUGUAAGAAUCACUGCAGAUACUCUUUUUUUAUGAAUUUCCCCUUGGGGAUCAAUAAAAUUGUUCUAUACUGAAAAGUAUGAAGAAUCAGAA